AAUAUGGACACGGAGGAAUGAAAUAUGGUGGAGGAGGCGAACAUGGAGGACCGAGGACCGUGAGAGCGCCGCCGCGCUGCUGCUGCCUCCGCCGCCGCCGCUCUGAGUGACUUCACCGCGGGAGAAGCAGUGGAUGUAAACUCCGCGGAGACUUUUCUGGAAAGUUUUGUAGCUGCGGCCAUUUUCUUUGCGCGGACGAGGAACUGAGUUUGUGGUAAUGCAGUGAAGACGGCGAAGAGGUUUUUUUUCGGGGGGACAAAAAGCAGGGGCAGGGGCGGCGGAGGGGGGGCUUCUGCCCGCUUCUGCCCUCUCACCAUCCCGACGCUAUGCCGUGGGUGAGCGGCGGGAAGCGGAGAGAGAGCUCGGAGCUGCCGCUGCCCGCAGGCUGGGAGGAAGCCCGGGACUACGACGGCAGAGUGUUUUUUAUCGACCACAACACCCGGCAAACUUCGUGGAUAGACCCCAGAGAUCGAAUCACUAAACCACUGUCGUUUGCUGACUGCGUUGGAGACGAGCUCCCACUCGGGUGGGAGGAAGUUUACGACCAGCAAGUGGGCGUUUACUACAUCGACCACAUCAACAAGACCACCCAGAUUGAGAACCCGCGGACUCAAUGGCGGCAGGAGCAGGAGCGUAUGUUGAAGGAGUACCUGGUCGUGGCCCAGGAGGCCCUGAGAGCCAAGAAGGAGAUGUACCUGGUGAAGCAGCAGCGUCUGGAGCUGGCUCAGCAGGAAAUGCUGCUCUUCCACGAGCUGUUCGAGGACAACCGCUCCAUCACCAGCACUCUCUCCGGCUCGUCCUCGAGUGCGAAAUACGACCCUGACCAAAUCAAAGUGGAGAUCGCCUGCAGACGAGAGCGGCUCUCCAGACUGAAGCAGGAACUGGCCCAGGUGAAGCAGGAGCUGCAGUAUAAGGAGAUGGGAGUGGAGACGCUGCAGGAGAUUGACAGGAAGAUUUCGUGCAGUCAGACCAACUACAAGCUGGACGAGGCUCAGGCCAUUUUCACGGAGCUGCGCAGCAUCAAGAAGGCCAUCAGCUGUGGGGAGAAGGAGAGGCAGGACCUCAUCCAGAGUCUGGCCAAGCUGACGGUGAACUUCCAGAGCGGCUCGUCCGUCAUUGACUCGGUCGGUGGUGAAGUGGUGAACAGCAGUGGUGGGUUACACGUGGGUGAUUCAUGUCAGCAGCAGCAGUUCUGUGACACAGGCUGUCAGACCGACAUCAUGGGAGGAGAGUUUGGUUCCCAGGAUUCUUCUCAUCUGGUGGACAAAGUGAAACUCAACUGGCAGCACGAGGAAGCUAAGAAAAAGGUGCAGAGCAUACAGCACCAGCUAGCACAGCUGGACGGUGAGAGCUGGACGGGGCGGGCGGAGGCGGACCGCGACCGUGACUUCCUGCAGCUCCUGCGUGAGAAGGAGGCUCUCCUGCAGGAGAUCAUCCUGGUCAGCAGGCAGCAGCCUCCUCAUGAGACGCUGCUGCAGCUGGAGGAGGAGCGGUGCAGGCUGGAGGAGGAGGUGCAGAGGGCACACAGCGCCCAGAGCCAGGGAGCCAAUCAGAGGAUCCUGCAGCAGGAGAAGAGGAAUGUUCUGCUGAGGCAGCUGGAGGAGGCCACGCGCAUCACCACCUACCUUCACUCUCAGCUCAAGAGCUUGUCGGCCAGUUCUCUGACCGUCUCGUCCAGCAGCAGCCGUGGUUCUCUGGCGUCCAGCCGAGGCUCGCUGGCGUCCAGUCGCGGCUCCCUUAGCUCCAUCAGCUUCAGCGACAUCUAUGGACUGCCCCAGUACGAGCGCCACGAGGGGGCGCUGGAGCCGCUCGAGUCGCAUCUGCGCUACCUGCUGCCUCCAGAGGCGGCGACGUCCAGAGACUGCUCCGUGUUCAACCCCGACCCGCUGACCCAGAGCAAAACCAAGCGCUCCCACGACACGCCGCAGUCCCUUGCCUCGCUCUCCUCCCGCUCCUCGCUCUCCUCCCUGUCUCCACCCAGCUCUCCGCUGGACACGCCCUAUCACUCCGCCCCUCAGGACUGCCCGCUCACGCAGAUGACGGAGGAGUACAUGGAGCAGGCGGGCCGCGGCCUGUUAGAGGGGCUGAGGGCGCAGUCGCAGACCCUGACCACGCACACUACCGUGAUGAGCAGCGAGGACGUGGUCAACGCCGCCGCCAGCACCGCAACCAACGCCACAGUCCAUCAGCCAGACAACAAGAGUCACAGAGAUGCCGGCGCUCAGGCGGCGUUUACCUCCACAGGAGUGACUCUGAGAGGAAACAGUGCAAACAGGAGUGGCAGGAGAGCGAGACGAGUCUCUGCAGGAGUGUGUGAAGACGCUCUGGCCACAGACAGCGGUGUGUUCGAGGCCUGGGGUCGAAGGACGGAGGAGACGGAGGACAUGUCCUACAUCAAAGAGUCUGUGAGCGAAGACACGCAGAUCCAACUGGGACUGCUGUGGUAUGUGAAGGUGCACCUCACUCCCCUGGACGUGGGCGGAGCCUGUGCCUUUUACUGUUGCAGUGCGCUGGAGCCUCAGACUCACAUGAGCUUCAAUGAAGGGUUCCGUGUUCCUGUCGCAGUCGGCGCUCUGACCGUGUGCGGCCUCCAGCUUUCUGUCUGCUCGCUGGGACCUCAGGCUCAGGAGGAGCUGCUGGGUACAGCUCAGCUGAGUCUGUCAGACUGUGAUGGAAGCACAGAGAUGGUUUAUCACUGGCUCAGAGUCCAGAUGUUGAGUGGUUCAGAUCUGCUGCAGCCUGAGCUGAAGAACAUCUGUCAGAGGAGACUUCAUGAAGAAGAGGAAGACGAGCAAAGACCCACAGCCACGGACCCCGGCGUUUCCUCUCUGAUGUCUCGCUCCACAAACGCCGCCGCUCGUCUGGAGGACGUGGAGAAGAAGGACGAGCGCGUGGAGGCGACGUCUGAGAGGAGCUGGCAGGCGGAGUCAGUGGACAGCGGCUGCGGCAACAGCACAGCGUUCACUGCUCCCUGCUUAGAGGGAGGAGCCUGUGCAGAAGGCACGUGCGUCACCACCGGAGGGCGCUGUGGUCAGACGCCGAGUAAACGCUGCGUGAUAAAGGUGGAAAAGUCCACGAUGACCGACGCGGCUUUCCCAGAACCAAUCAGAGUGCGAGCUAAAGAGAGAGGCGGGCGCUGGGGCCACGCCUCCCCAUUUAUGAGAGGAAGCACCAUCGUUCGCUCGCAGACGUUUUCUCCUGGAGCUCGGAGUCAGUACGUGUGCAGGUUGUAUCGCAGUGACAGUGACAGCUCCACUUUACCAAAGAAAUCACCUUUUGUCAGAAACACGUUGGAAAGAAGAACCCUGCGAUAUAAACAGCAGCAGCAGUCGUACCGCUCGUCUCUGGCCGAGCAGCCGACGCGGACGUCUCUGGACCUGGAGCUGGACCUCCAGGCCUGCAGGACGCGUCAGCGGCAGCUGAUGGAGGAAGUGAGCGCGCUCAGAGAGCUGAAGCUGCGACUGGAGGAGCCGCAGAGCAGAGACGCCGCCGCCGAGCUGCCACACUGGGCGCUGAGAGACGAACGCUUCCGCGGUCUGAUGAGAGAGGCUCAGCGUCAGGCGAGUCAGAGCAAACAGGAGCAGCGUCAGGAGGAGGCGGUGGAGAGGAGGAUGAGGAAAGCUUCAAAAGAAGUUCUUCAGAUGAGAGGACAGAGUCAGAAAGAGCCGCUGCCCGUUCACACCUUCAGAGAGAAGAUGGCGUUCUUCACCAGACCCAGGUUUAACAUAAACAUCCCUCCACUUCCUGCCGACGACGUCUGAAUCAUUUUCCUCCACAAAAAAAAAACAUGAAGUAUUUUUUUUCCUCUGAGCUCAUGAAGUACAAGUUAUUUCCACCAGGAGGCGCUGUGACGCACGGCCACCAGAAGGGUUUUGACAUUUUCACGUCUUUGACACGACGAGAGCAAAACAAACAAACUUUUAUUUCCUUCUUUGAGGAAAAACACUCACGCUCUCUCUCUCCAUGUCUCUCCAUGUCUCUCUGUGUCUCUCUGUCGAGGACGACAACCAAACAUUCACUGUACUGUAACUUAUUUUAUAGUACUUUUCCUUGAAGGAAAUUUCAAAAUAAAAGACGCUUCCUGCUU